AUGACUCACCACGACCUUGGCACAUUGGCUAAUAUGAUCGAGAGGUGGCGAGUAGAGACGAACACCAAGCACUUCAAUAUAAAUGUCAGAGAGAUGAUGCUUAUUCUUGAAGAUGUAUGGAAAAUUCUCCGGUUAAAGGUGACUGGUAUAGCUGUAACUCUUAGGAGAGUGGAGAAGUAUGGGGAUUAUAUAUUGCGGCAUAACUAUAACCGUAUCACCCUUUUACAACACACCCGUGUCUGCCGCCUAUAUCUAGUCGGUUGUACAAUCUUUGCAGAUUCCACAGAUGGUACAGUGCCUACAAUAUAUUUACAACUUCUUGAGGAUAUGGAAGCAGUUGGUCAGUAUGCAUGGAGUGCAGCUGCCCUAGCUUUCUUGUUUCGAGCCUUGUCAAAAGUUGUUUGUCCUGAUCACCAACACCUAAGUGGAUCAACCACUCUUUUGCUAGUCAUAUGGACCCCAUACGAUGAUUAUCAUGACUUAGGAGAGGAAACUGAGGAGGACAAAGAUUACGACCUUAUUGUUCAUCAGAUUACUUUGUGUCGCAAAUACCCCAUAUGUGGAAACAUUUGCGAGGGGUACAUACCAAAUCGUGUGCUCCGGCAGUUGGGACUUCACCAAGGGAUACUGGCUGAUCCCUUGCAGUGGGAGAGGAGGGAGAGAAAGAGGAAGAGGACCGAGAACUGA